AUGACUCACGCGCAACCGAGAAAGACCUAAUAGUAGACUACGAAAGUGGGGAUGAAGCCCAAACUAAGAACAAGGACGACUAUCUAGACAGUAGUGACGAUGGAUCAGAUGGGAGUACUGACGAGUUCGCUGAUCUGCCGAGUGUCACACCCAAGAUCAUAUACUGCAGCAGAACGCAUUCACAGAUCUCACAAUUCGUGGGAGAGUUAAAGCAAUCACCCUAUGGAGAGGAAGUGUCCGUUACAUCACUCGCAUCUCGCCAGCAAAUGUGUAUUAAUCCAGAGGUGAAGGCGCUGGGGUCGCAAAGUCGUAUUAAUGAUCGCUGUCUCGAGCUUAAAGAUAAGAAGGGCAAGAAAACAUCCAAAACGGGCAAGAAAGGCAAAGGAUGUCCGUACUAUAAUCUUAAGAGGUCAAAACAGUUUCUGAAACGAGUUCAUAAUCAAGUACGGGAUAUAGAAGAUCUAGUCUUUCUAGGCUCUACACUCGAGACCUGCCCAUACUAUGGGGCUCGACGAUCAGUGCCUCUCGCGGAGGU